AUGUCGUCCAACAACACCUCGGCCAGUGUCUCCAUCGAUAAGUUCGAUGGGGACAACUACUCAACCUGGUGUCGCUACAUGCGCGGCGUGUUUCUGACGAAGUCAGUCUGGUACGUCGUGAACCGCGAAACGUCUCCAACCUUCACCGACACGCGAGCUUCCGACGAGUACGUCAAGGCGAGCAACAUCGCGUUCGGGUUGAUGUUGCUCCACAUGGACGCCGAAUACCACCAUGUGGUCGACAACUGUGAAGAAGCAUGGACAGCGUGGUUGCGGUUGAAGAUGCUCUAUGGUGGGUCGCAGAAGGCGGGACGCAUCUACCUCAAGCGCCAGCUGUUCAGCAUCAAGAUGGCGGAAGGUGCCAACGUCUUGCACCAUUGCAACGAAGUCUUGAACAUCGGCGCCAAGCUCAGCAGCAUCGGUGCCAAGAUGGAAGACGAAGACAUUGCGAUCUGCUUACUGCGCAGUCUGCCCAAGAGUUUCGAGAACGUGGUUCUCAACUUGGAGAUGAGCAGCGCAGAGCUUCAAUCGCGGGACGUCGUGAAAGUGCUCACGAACGAGCACAUCAAGAGACAAGGUGACAAGACGACAUCGGUGAAGACUGAAGACGCGGCGAAGGCGUUCAGUGCCGAGCGUGAACCUCGCCAGUGUACAUACUGCGGAAAAUUGGGGCACACGGCGGAGCGGUGCUGGACCAAGCAGAAGGACGAAAAUCAAGGUGGAGCUCGACGCGGCGGCAACAAUGCUCGUGGACGCGGAGCCAACAACGUUCAGUGGCGAACCAACAGCAACUACGAUGACAACUACGAUCGAGUUGCGUUCGCGGUUUCGCUGGAGGCUGGACUUUCGACGGGCAAGAAUAUGCCAGGGAUGUGGGCAGUCGACAGCGGUGCGACGCAUCACAUCUGCAACGACAAGGCCAAGUUUGCAAGCCUGAAUGAGCGAGAGGAAGGCGAACUAUCAGUGGCUGAUGGCAGCAAGGCUGCGAUCAAGGGUGUGGGAACCAUCAUGGAACGGGUGGUUCUACCCAAUGGUGACGAACGCGACAUCGAGAUCAAGGACGCACUGUUCGUACCAAGUAUGAGCAAGAAUCUGCUUUCGGUGCCACAGAUCAACAAGGGUGGCAGGUUCCAAGUCGUGUUCGAUGGAUCCAAGAUGCAAGUGAAGCGCAAGAAUUCCACACUAGUCGUGGCAACAGCGGAUCUCGUCGAUGGACUUUACUGGCUGCGGACUCCUCAACGAUCGGCAAAUGCAGCAACACGCAAUGGGACCAUCGACUUGCAUGCGCGCAUGGGUCAUGCACCCCUCGAAGUUCUGCGCAAGAUGAUGGCCACCGGCAUGAUCAAGGACGCCAAGGCACCUCUCAACUCGACUGGUCCAAGUGUGUGUCGCGGUUGCCAGCAAGGAAAGAUGGUCCAAAAACCAUUCCCAACCAACCGUGACAAACGCCAAUAUGGUGUGUUCGAGUUGCUGCACUUCGACAUCUGCGGGCCAAUGGAACAAGUCUCGAUCGGCGGCAGCAGAUACUUACUGCUUGUGGUUGACGAAGCUAGCGGUUGCAUGAAGGGCUUCUGUCUGCGGUCCAAGUCUGAGAGUGAAGACUGUAUCAAGAACCACAUCAUCAAGAUUCAAACUCAGUUCGGCACGAAGAUCAAGUUUGUUCGGCACGAUGGAGCGCAUGAGUUUGCGACCAACUCCAUCAAGACCUUCUACGAAGAUCAUGGUAUCGAACAACAGAUCACGGUGCCGUAUGCACACCAGACCAACGGCACCGCAGAACGCGCGAUAAGGACCAUCGUCACGAUCGGACGCAGCUUGUUGCAUCAUGCAAAACUGGAGAAGUGUUUCUGGGCUGAAGCGGCAAUGACGGCGAUCUACAUCAAGAACCGCCUGCCUUCAUCCAAGAUCGACCACAAGACUCCGUUCGAGAUCGUGUACAAGUCGAAACCAAGUGUCAAGCACAUGCGCGUGUUUGGAUGUUGGGCGUUUAUCCUGACACCAAGGGAGAAGCGAUUGAAGUGGGACCCGAAGGCUCGUGAAGGGAUGUUCAUGGGCUACGAAGAAGCGUCAAAAGCUUAUCGAGUGUACGACAUUGAGGCGGGCCAAGUGGUGAUCAGUCGUGACAUCACCUUCGACGAAUCGACUUUUGACUUUUCGAUGGACCGACCAAGUGACGAUGAUGAAGAUGCGGAGUUGGACCUCGACCUCCUGGCGAUCAACGAGGACGACGUGCGUCAAACCGUCUACAAGCAGACUGGCAAGCGCAAGAGUGAAGCAAGACCCGGCAUGUCACGUUCAGCUCGCCCUCGAACUGGGUUGGAACAAGCAAGUGCGCUGGAAUACGUCUCCAACCGUCACCAGAAACGACGAUCAAGUGCUCCAGAAACGAUGCCUGAUGACGAAGAAGAUGCAAGCGUGUACGAUCAAGAUGACGACUCGACGCCUCCAACAUUUUGGCGUGCAAGUGCAAACGCAGUGGAAGCAACGGACCUAGCAGAACCUGUGACUUUUCAAGACGCGAUCUGA